UUUCUCAAAGGAUUUCAUGACCACAGACGUCAGUCGACGGGCCUGUAGUCAUUUAAUCCUGUGAUGGAGGACCAGAUGACCAGGUUUUGGUGGUCAGAGGUCAAAGGUCACUGUGACCUCACCAAACAUGUUUGUGGCCACUACUCAAGAAUGUACAGUAUAUGGUAUUCAUGAUAAUUUCAAACAAGUGUCUAAUAGGAUAAAAUGAUAAAGUGAUGACGUGUUGGACAGACAUGGAUGUAAACUGUUACUUGAGUGGUUAGUGGAGGCAAACAACACAGGGCGGUAAUUCUAGUUUUUACUUAAUAAUAGCGAUCAUAUUCCCAUAUGAUUAUGUGCUUUAAUGUGUACCUAAGGCGAGGCCAGCAGCCGCCCUCACUCACCCUCACGAGUAGAAAAUGCAACAUGAUCGUGAUUUUUGAUCAGAAAACGUGAGCGUUGUCAGUCAGUGACAGGAUAGCUGGAGUGAAAACGGCUACUGGGACUGAAACUUCUAUGACUUUAUAUUUAAUUGAACACAAAACAAACAGUAGAAAAGUUAUUAUGGUAGAUGUGCCAUCAAAAUGGAAUUGAUAUGUCUGUUUGUGUCUGUGACUGCCUUGCCCUUCUCUUUUACUAAAUUAUUUGUAGACGGAGUGGAACAAGUUUGAAUAUUUGUUUUAAUGAAAUGUGUCAGUGUAUUGUGGAAACUAUCGUUCAGUUGGGAGGCUUAAUGGUAAUGACUUAUAAAUCAUUGUAGAGGAGCAGUGGCUUUGUCAGCCGGCAGAUUACCUCUCGCUGCUGCAAAGUUCAAGUAGCAAAUGGAAAAUGAAGUGCUUCGACUCUUUCGAGAAAUGUCUGUUUUGCUUUGUGUUUCCAUCAGGUAUGACUAUACCAGAAGAAGACACGGAGGCCGGUCAGACUGGAAAAUACUGCCUAGUGGCCAUCGGAAGACUGCAGGUGACCAGCUCUCCAGUCUCUAUGGAUAUGAACGGCCUGUCGGUGCCCACAGAGUUCCUGUCACGUCACAACUCGGAUGGUGUCAUCACUUUUGUGGACCCACGCUGCAUCAACGUCAUUGGUUAUCAGCCUCAGGUUAGCUAAGAGGAUAAAGGGACUGAUAAUGUCAUGGAAAUUCAUAAUAGAGGCAGGAGUGUUCCAACGGAUUCUUAUCAACUAUAAGUUGCCAAAAUUGACCUUUCAUAGCGUUGAAUGUGUUUUCCACUAUUAAAGUGGGAUAUCAUCAUUUUAUUUCAACUGCAGAGAGCGAUGAGCCUUUAUUCGAAAAAAGCUUUCAUAAAAAUAUAUUGUAAAUUCCUGAUCUUUAAGAUUUAUUUAUAAAUCAUAUGCCAGUAGGAACCCUCCUUUUUUCUGAUCUGCUCCUGGUAUAAUUUUCUGUUGACGCAAACCCAUUCUCUAUGUUUACCUGUUGUCUUGAUAAAUGUCUUUAUACAUUCAGUAUACAUGCAUACAAUGAACAUUUCAACAGCACUAAAUCUGGAACGUUCUACAGCUCCCACUUUCUCUUGUUUAACAGAAAUACUGUUUCAUUUACUAAUUCCACUUGAUUCAACUUUGUUGUAAUGACCAGUGAUACUUAAAACCUUCUCCACAUUAACAGGCUUCCAGUUGCCCAGAGCCAUAAUCAUCCCCCUUCUUGUUAGACACUUAAGGUUCACAUUCAAUGUGUAUUGUUCCAUUGGAUGAGUAUCGUUUUAUUCAAUGUGUAUUGUUCCAUUGGAUGAGUAUCGUUUAAUGGGAUGAAUAUUGUUUAAUUGGAUGAGAGUCAUUUCAUUGGAUGAGUAUCAUUUCAUUGGAUUAGUAUCGUUUCAUUGAAUGAGGGUUGUUUCAUUCAAUGUUCAUUGUUUCAUUCAAUAUUCAUUGUUUCAUUGAAUGUGUU